GACCAGCACCUCGUGGCUCUUGUCACCCGAGACAAAGGCUCCAUUUCUGUGUUGCCCCUUUUUUUACUUUAUUUUAUGUGAUCAAGGAGAGAUUUGCUUGUCCAUCACACACACGGCCCUCUCGUCAUCACAGAUCUUCUCUCGCUUUCUUGUUUACAUCUCUCUCUCUCUUUUCCUUCUCUCUUCCUUUCGCUUUCCUCUAUCUCUUUCUAAUAACCAAAUCUUAAUCUCUUCCACUUUCACUCUCACUAUCAACUUACCAACAAUCACCAAGCUCGGGUUCAAGUAACGAUCGAAAAUAUCUGACAGGAUUCUUGGGACGGCUACAAACAAGAAAAAAAGAGAGAAAACAGUCAAUCAUCAUCACAGAUGCCCAGCAUCACACUCAACAAUCCUGAGGACAAGGCUUUAGUCAAACGAUUCUUGUCAUCGCCUAGCACUAGGAUCAUCACUGCAACAGUCGCUAGGCUUUAUGUUGCCUAUCCUGAUCCAUACCAAUGGACUUAUUCUGGCAUCUUGGGUGCAGUAGCCUUGAUCCAGACAAGUCAUACUUUCUACUUGCGCAUCGUCGACCUCUUGUAUAGCAGAGGUAUAGUUUGGGAGCAGGAACUCUAUGACGGAUUCGUCUACUCGCAAGACAAACCAUUUUUUCAUACGUUUCAAACAGAUAACUAUGUUGCAGGGUUCUCGUUUGCAGAUGAACAUGAAGCAGAAGUAUUUUUUGGAAAAGUGAACGGACGGGCACAACUUCGACCAUUCAAACCGGUACCAACUGCAGGGGCAUUGGCAAAAUCAGGAAAGUCAGGAGGCGCUCAGGGUCGAGGUAGAAUCCCUCUACAGAAUGGAAAAGUAGACAAGUCCCGCAUCGGACUCCCUUCAGAUUUUCGACAUGUUGGCCAUAUCGGUUGGGAUCCUGACAUUGGUUUUGAAGCUCAAAACAUUGAUCCAGCAUGGCAAGAGCUAUUUGAUCAACUCAAUAUCUGUGGCGUCAGCAAACAACAGAUCAAAGAGAACGCGACUUUUAUUACCGAUUUCGUCAAUGCACAUGGUGGGUUGAGUAAAAAACAAAUCGAAAAGGCCCAGCUAUCCAAUGGACAUACUUUAUACAAAUCUCCUUCACCCUUCACUGGUGCUAGCAGCGGUAGUGGUGCUGCUGCUGCUGCCACAACUACUCCAUUACGACCUUUAUCUCCACAGCAAAAACGGCCACCACCUCCACCACCUCCACCACCGCCAGUAUCAACUGCGGGCGCCUCAUCCCCAACUACACCUUUGUUGGCAUCCCCUACUCCCUUUCAUGGGUAUCUGCCAAGACCAUUGGUUCAGGUCAUGGCCAGCCUAUCUUCCUUUGGUUAUAAUCAGUCAUCUACCACAGGCCCACAACCUACAGACUCGUCCUUGCUACCUAUUGUACCUGUCGAGCCAAUAGCAGAGCAAUAUCAACCGUCACUAGUGGGGGCGAAUACAACAGAUGGACGGUCUUCACCUCCUCCAACAGCCGUCGCGCCUCCACCACCACCACCUCCUCCUCCUCCUCCACCAGCAUCACAGUCAUCAUGUCAAGCUCCUCCUUCGACAGUUGAUACGGCACAGGCAUCAAAAUCAAAUACAGGACCAUCUCUCGUUAUCAGCACCUCAAAUCUAAAUGCCAUUCGACAAUCGCUACGCCCAUCCGGAACAAAUGAGCAUAAGAGCGAGACAAAGUACAGCAAUGGCCAAGCAACACAGCUCAAGAGCCCAAUUGAGAGUUCCUUGUUAGCAAGUAUCCGAGAAGCAGGUGGAUUACAAGGGCUGCGCAAGACGGGCGGCCUUCGAUCUCCUCCACCAAUGCAAAAACGUCCUGCUUCACCAAUAGGACCGAGUAAUAGUCAGGGAGAUUUGGUCUCUGCUCUUGUGGCCGCCUUGAACCGGAGACAGACCAAGUUAACCUACAGUGAUGACGAUGAUGAUGGCCAACAAAGAAGCGAUGACGAUGAUGGAUGGGAUGCAGAUUGAAGAAAUAAAAUAAAGUAAAAUAAUUAUAAUAAUAACCAACAUCUUGGGGCGUACAAGUACCAUGUGGU